GCUCCUAAAACUGUAAAAAAAAAAUAGCUAAUUUGCACAACUUCCGGGCCAUCAACAAAAUCUGUCAGUGUUCUGAAAACAACAUUGCUAUUCGACAGAAGACGACUGAAGUCUGUAACUGAAAACUACUCACAGCUGUGCUACAGCAGGUCAGGCAUCGCUGAGACACAAACGCAAAGUGACCACGUUCAUCCGAGCUCUUUCUCUCUGCGCUCUGCUCUGCAUCCUGCUUUCAGAACAUGGGCAAAGACAGAAAUGAAUGAAGAUGUGCUUGACAUUUUGAAUCAUUUUUGAGCUUACAGAUUUGAGUAUUGACGUUUAGCAGUAUGGAGGCCACAACAAUAUUGCCUGUCCUGAAGAAAAAACUGGCUUUUCUGUCAGGAGGGAAGGACAGACGCAGUGGGUUGAUCCUGACCAUACCAUUAUGCACAGAACAGACCAGCAUGGAAGAGCUCAGCACUACCCUGGACUACCUCCUAAGUAUACCCAGUGAGAAAUGCAAAGCCCGUGGUUUCACUGUCAUUGUGGAUGGGAGAAAGUCCCAGUGGAACAUUGUGAAGACUGUUGUCCUGAUGCUGCAGAAUGUGAUUCCAGCAGAGGUGUCUCUGGUGUGUGUGGUGAAGCCUGAUGAGUUCUGGGACAAGAAGGUGACCCAUUUCUGUUUUUGGAAGGAGAAGGACAGGUUAGGCUUUGAGGUGAUUCUGGUGUCUGCCAAUAAACUGACACGCUACAUAGAGCCCUGCCAGCUGACUGAUGAGUUUGGAGGAUCUUUGGUUUACGACCACAUGGACUGGCUCAACAAGAGACUGAUCUUUGAAAAAUUCACUAAAGAAUCCACGUCACUGUUGGAUGAGCUCGCCGUCAUUAAUGAAAAUGAGAAGGGAAACCAGCCAGACAAAGACAGGCCCCCAGACUGCUCUGUGCUGCCGUCCUUUGAUCCAGAGACAGUGCUGCAGACUGGACACGAGCUGCUGUCGGAGCUGCAGCAGCGCCGUUUUAACGGCUCAGAGGGCGGGACGGCCUGGUCGCCCAUGGACGACGAGCUCCUGGCCCAGCCGCAGGUCAUGCAGCUGCUGGACUCCCUGAGGGAGCAGUACACCAAGUACCAGGAGGUGUGUCGGCAACGCAGCAAGCGCUCCCAGCUGGAGGAGAUUCAGACCAAGGUCAUGCAGGUUGUGAAUUGGCUGGAGGGUCCCGGCACGGAGCAGCUGCGGAAUCAGUGGGGGAUCGGGGACUCCAUCCGAGCCUCCCAGGCCCUCCAACAGAAACACGAGGAGAUCGAAAGUCAACACAGCGAAUGGUUUGCGGUCUAUGUGGAGCUGAACCAGCAGAUCGCUGCCUUGCUGAGUGCGGGCGAUGAGGAAGACCUCGUGGAGCUGAAGAGCCUUCAGCAGCAGCUGAGUGACGUUUGCUACAGACAGGCCAGCCAAUUGGAAUUCAGACAGAACGUUCUACAGUCUGCCCAUGAGUUUCACAGCACUGCCCAUGAUCUGUCCCAGCAGCUGGACGGCCUGCUGGGCAUGCUCUGUGCCGACGUCGCCCCCGCCGACGCCUCUGCCAUCCAACAGACUCUCAAACACCUGGAGGAGAAACUCAAGAGCGUCGAGGGAGCCCUGCAGGGCCUCAGAGAGAAAGGACAGGCUCUGCUCGACCAAAUGUCCAAUCAGACGUCCUGGUCCUACGGGAAGGACGCCCCUAUAGAGAACAAAGAAAAUAUCGACCAUGUCCACAAUGUCAUGGAAGACAUGCAGCUUCGAAAACAAAGGUGUGAAGACAUGGUGGAUGUCAGGAGACUGAAGAUGCUUCAGAUGGUUCAGCUCUUUAAGUGUGAAGAGGAUGCCUCACAGGCAGUAGAGUGGCUUGGUGAACUUCUUGAUGCUCUGCUGAAAACCCAUAUCAGGCUUGGGGAUGAUUCCCAGGAAACCAAAGUCCUACUGGAGAAACACAAGAAGUUUGUGGAUGUCGCCCAGAGCACAUAUGACUACGGUAGACAGCUGCUCCAGGCAACAGUGGUUCUGUGUCAGUCUCUCCGCUGUACCACACGUUCAUCUGGAGACACGCUUCCCAGACUCAACCGCGUGUGGAAGCAGUUCUCCGUCACAUCUGAGGAGAGACACCACAGGCUGGAGAUGGCCAGCGCCUUCCACACAGCCACUGAGAAGGUCCUGAGAGAGAGCCCAGAGCCGGCUGACUUUACCCUGGAGCCGGAGGUGUGCGAGGAGGUGGAGACGGUGGGCAAGUCUCUGCUGGAGAGACUGACUGUACCGGUCAUCUUUCCAGAUGGGAGUGAGCAAUAUUUCGGCAGUCCUGGGGAUAUGGCAUCGUCUGCGGAGAACAUCCGGGAAAAGAUGAAACUGGUUGAGGAGAAGAGGUUUCAGCAGGAGGAGACCGUGCAGCUGCAGGAGGAGGAAACCGCUUCUCCAGAAAGCUAAUGGAGCCUUCUCUCCACGCAGACCUCCUCCCCUGCAGACGCCUGACUCUCACGUGUUCCCUCAGCUCCGUUCAUCAGCGGGUGUCGCUACAUUCUCUCCAUCUCGGUUACACUCAGCCUGGCCAAGCCGUCUGGAUUUACCCGCCGUAGUUAAAGAUAGCACGGCCGCGUGGACCGCGUAGACUGCUCGCAUGGGCCGUGGAACACUAAAAAGACUGCACUGAACUCUCUCCCCCUCUAUAGCUUUACCCUGCUUCUUCACCUGGCCCAUACAGACAGGUGACUCAGGCUUACGCGGUGCUACUUACAGCGUAGAAUGUUCAUACCACACCCUCUCUCUCCAUCUCUCUCCAUACUGCUGCCUCUGUGCUGUAGAGGUCUCUGUGUGCUUGUGCUUUCUCUCCUCAUUGACAUUAGGCAAUGUAUUUUUGUUUUUGUGUGUGUGUGUGUGUUUUUUCUAAUUUGAUGCUUUCUGGUGAGCAAUACCAAAAGUAGUUUCUGCAGCUUUUUUCUUUUCUUUUUAUCCUUGUGCCGUCAUAAAAGUGCAGUGAGACAAACAAUGCCAAACAGAUGUGGAGUGUCCUGUGUGUGUGGGCUGUGU